AUAUCGGACAUCGGCGCCCCGUUUCAGGUGAAACACAACGUUCACGUGGGCUUCAAUGCCGACACCGGGAAGAUCGAGGGACUGCCCACGCCGUGGAUGGAUCUGCUCCAAGAGGCCAACAUCUCCCGUACGGAACAGCUGGAGAAUCCCGACGCCGUGAUGGCCGCCCUCAAGGUCUACAACUACUCUCUGCGUAACAAACAGGAGAAAUGGUUGGCCAAUCAGGAGACCAUCGAUCACGAGACCGAAGAGAUUGAGCACCAGUUGGACGAUAGCGGCCGCCGGAAGCCCUCCAACGACGACGAUAUGGUCGCCGAUAUUACCAACGAUUUGAAGAAUAGGAAAAUGUUUGCCGACGUAAACACGUUGCCUGUGGCCGGUCCGGGAGGUCACGGAUCGCCGGCCACAGCGCCCAAACAGCACCGCCCGGUUGUUGACCCGCAACGGCCGGCUGUUGGCGCCGGCGCUGCCGGUGAUCAUAACGGAGAUCAGCCGCAGAUUCGCCGUAAGCCUAAACCCGAGGCCCCGAAGGCGUUGACCGAAGAGGAGGUGAUGACUCAGUUGAGGGCUAUUGUCAACAGCGGUAACCCGAAGACCAGGUAUAAGAUUGUGAAAAAGUUGGGCUCCGGAGCCUCCGGUACGGUGUAUACCGCCGUCGAUAACGUAACGCAGGAUAAGGUGGCCAUUAAGACAAUGGAUUUGGCACAACAGCCAAAGAAGGAGCUUAUUAUUACCGAGAUUAAAGUCAUGAAGGAUAAUAAACACCCAAAUCUGGUCAACUAUUUGGACAGUUAUUUGGUGGACAACGACCUGUGGGUGAUAAUGGAGAUCCUGGAGGGCGGGGCCCUCACAGACGUGGUCACCGAAACGGUGAUGAGAGAGAGUCAGAUGGCGGCCAUCUGUAAGGAGACACUCAAAGCCGUGGCAUUUCUUCAUUCAAAAGGUAUUAUACACCGAGACAUCAAAUCGGAUAACGUAUUGCUCGGAAUGGACGGAUCAGUUAAGGUGACGGACUUUGGAUUUUGUGCCCAGAUAUCGCCCGACGAGAAGCGCCAGACAAUGGUCGGCACACCCUAUUGGAUGGCACCGGAGGUCGUGUCCAGAAAACAAUACGGCAAUAAAGUUGAUGUAUGGAGUUUGGGAAUAAUGGUGAUCGAGAUGGUAGAGGGAGAGCCGCCAUACCUUAAUGAGACACCACUGAAGGCCUUAUACCUGAUCGCAACCCACGGAAAGCCCGACGUGAAGAGUCGGGAGAAGUUGUCGCCAGAAUUGGCCGACUUUUUGGAUCGUUGUCUGGAGACCGAUGUGGAGAAGCGGGCGUCGGCUGAAGAGCUGCUGAGACACCAGUUCCUGAUGAAGGCCGAGAGUCUGUCGACGAUUACGCCAUUGAUUAGAGCCGCCAAAAAGAUACUCAACAAAAAUUAGACCACGAUUUCAAAUAGUCUUUAUGUUUUAAAUACACAUUACAAUUACCCCGAUAUUUGUGGGGUAUAGGACACAUCGCCCAUGUGUAUUAAUUUAUCAUGUUUUUUGGUCACAUUUUUUUGUUCAAUGCCUAUUGUUUUUCAUUUCAAUUACACGCCGUUUGUAUUAAUUAGUAUUGUUUUUAAUUUCAUUAUUUAAAUUAAUUAUUAUUUACUAAUAAUCACUGUUUUUUGGUCACACUAUAUGUUUUGCUUCACUUGUUUUAAAUGUUUUCAUAUUUUGUGUUCAUUAUUAUAAUGUAUUUAAAUAUUUUAAUUUAAAUAAUGUUUUAGACAUCGAUUACUAGUCAAUCAAAUGAUUUUAUUUGAUAUGUUUU